AUGUUUUCCAGCUUCGAUGAGACAGACUUGCUGGAAAAGAUUGCUGCGGACUUUGACGUUAUCAUCCAUGCCGGCGCCGGCUGGCACACCCGCUCAGCCAAAGCGCUCAUCACCGGCCAGAGCAUGAGGAGGAAAGUCAGACCUAACACUCCCGUCCACUACUUCCAGAUCUCCGGAACGUCGAAUCUGAGUGAUCGGCCCCACACGGACGGCUACACGGACACCCACUGCUUCUCCGAUGAGGAAGACAUCUAUUCCUUCGAGAAGUACCGCGAGUCCCGCGAGGUAUACCACCAGCGCACCACGGAUAUUGCUGUGGUCGAGACCGGCAAAGCGGUUGGUGUGACCACGUAUAUCAUCAUGGCGCCCACGAUUUACGGCCAGGGCACGGGGCCCUUUAACCGCUACUCGAUCCAGCUCCCUGCUAUUAUCGCCGACGCGACCAAGUCCGGUGCGGUUAGUGUUGUGGGCAAGGGAGAUACCAUCUGGAGCCAUGUCCACGUUCGGGACGUGGCGGGGCUCUUCCUCACUCUGCUCGAGAAGAUCUGCUGCAGAGAUGGUACCCCGGCCGCGAAUCUCCCGUCUGGCCGGAGAGGAAUCUACUUCUGCGAGACCGGCGAGCAUUCACACCGAGAGUUCUCGGAGCGGCUCGCCCGAGCCGCCUAUGAGCUCGGGGUGCUGCUCACGGCGGAUGUCAAGGAGAUUACUCUCGAGCAGGCUGGGGACAAGCUGGCCCUUGGGAGUGUUUCCAGGGCCGAGCUAUCCUUUGCCGCAAACGCUCGCACCAGUGCCGUGAUAGGACGAAAGCUGGGUUGGACUCCGUUGUAUGGCGAGGAGUGGGAGAGUAUGUUCCGCACCGAAGUCGAGGCGUUUAUUAAGUGUCCCCCGGCUCCAAAGGAGGUGCCCGGGUUUCUCAAGAAAAAGUAG